CUGGUUCAAACAGAGACCUCGUUCAGAUCUGUACAGCAUCGUAGGAAUCAACGGCUUUACUAUUUAGCGGUCCUUUCAUCAAGGACAGCAGGCUGGCCAGCGUUUACCACUAUACUACGCACGCACCAAGCUAUUAUUCGACCUCCUCUCACACCUUUCACCUACAAAUCGACCAGCCCCUUGGUCAAUACCGUGCCACAAUGGAUAAUCGUGCAAACAGUGAGCACGUAAGUCGACUAAUUUGACUUGUCGUCCUUUCUGCAUCUUCCUUAUCCGAGAUUCCAAGCCCUUCAACCGAAUUUGUCUCCUAGAAAGUGCGUAAUUCUUCAGCGCAUUUGUAAAGUAAAACCCAUUAGAUGGGCCAAAAAAUCUGUUGUUCAGGAACAGACUCCGUUCGAGCCAAAACCUCAUUUUUAGAUUUUGGCCUUUUCCCGACGAGAGGAUUAUUUGGCCAAAAAUUGUGGAAGCUUUUGUGGGUUUUUUAAAACAAAUUUGGAUUGGGCAUAGGCGUUCUGCAUUGUACGCACAAACCCACACGCCGGCGGAAGCGCGUGACUAACGAAUUACAAUCAAGUGCCGCCUCCUUGCUCUGGGCAUUGAUCUACAUGCUGUUCCUCUCGGGAUCCCGUUAUCUUGGCAUAUAAGACUGGGUGAUAUGCACGACAACUCAGUGCAUAAUAUGUAGGACAUACGUACAACGUCGUUACAGUAUCAGAGAUAAUCUUAUCGCAUGCUAUGGACAUGCAACACAAGGCAAUGCUUAGCUAUCUGAGCCAGACAGUAUAAGAUCGGCCAAAGUGGACAAGUAUUAUCUCGUCCUUGUCCAACAAUCAUCCUUUGCUACGCCAUCCACAACAAGACCUCAUAGUCAUGCACAUCGCAUACAUUCUCGGCCUCGUACCCCUCGCUUUCGCCGGUGUCAUCAAGCACGACCCUCCCAAGUUCCAGCCUAUUCAGUCUACCAGGAUUGUGCGGCUGCACCCAAACGGGGACAAAAGCAAGUGCGUUGACCUCCUGGGUAAUACUCGCCAGGAUGGUCAGCCCGUGCAGAUUUGCGACUGCGACGGUACCCCGGCUCAGGACUGGGUCCUCAAUGCCGGCCGCGGUCAGACCAAGGUCCAGCUCGCCGGCACCAGUUUCUGUCUCGAUGCCACCCACCCUUACGCAGCCGACGGGACCAACAUGAAGAUCUGGAAGUGCUUGGACGUCCAACAGCAAGACUGGUAUUGGACGAGUGAUAACAGAAUCGUUCUCCGCGACCAGGGCAAGUGCCUCGACUGGGCCACUGGGGAUCGGUCUGAUUUCAACCAGCUGCAGGUCUGGCGGUGCAGCACGGAUAACAACAAUCAGGUCUGGACAACGGGACCGGACUACGGUGGGAACCAUGGGGGUGAUGCUGGUGGGAACCCCGGAGGUAAUCAAGGCGAUGAUUCAAGAGGCAAAACCAAUACUGGUGGAAACCCCGGAGGUAAUCAAGGUGGUGAUUCAGGAGGGAAAACCAAUCACAUCAUUCCCGACCCCCCAGGGCCAGACCCCAACAGCGAGCCCCUCAACCCCGCCCUUGAAGCCAUUGUUAACGUCACCGAGGCAGCUGGACCCUGGCCGCCCAUGAUCAACUUCGACGGCGAUUACAGCAAUGACGACGUGACCGUAUCGGACCAAGUACCGUUCGACUACUGUAUCGGGGAGGGGUCUGGUAACCCGACGGAUGAUGAAGGACAGCAGCAAGGACAAAACUUCACAGCAAAUGUAGCUGGGAUAGGGAGAGACUUCUGCCUGGACAAUUUUGGCAAUCCUGACAUUCGGAACACCAUUUCUUUCGACAACAACACCAGCAUUGGGAACGGAGCGGACACUGGGCGAGCCCUUCACAAGCGGACAUUUGCGGAUUCAGGGGCGACGGGUACGCCCAACCGGUGGAGACGAGGGUCGGUGAUUUCCAUUUGCGUCGAGAGGAACAACAAUUAUCUGGUUCCAUAUGCGUCCUCCCCCGUUCCCAUCCGAGCAUCGGCUAUCGUCGCAUCCGCCAUGGUACGUGCAAUCAACUUCUGGAACGCAGGUCUGAACAAGCGAUUCGUCUCGUUCGAGUUUGUGGAGAACUGCAACGACGCCGUGUUCCAUACUCUUGCUGUUGACCAGAUCAAGUCUGCCAAAGAGCCUACUGUGCUCGCGACUGCCCCCUUCCCUCCUCGGGGUGAAGAGGGUGCUAGGAACCGCAACAUCUUCGUGUGGAAUACGGCUUUCGAGGCCAACUUUCAGAACGUCCUUACCUUUAUCAUGUCACAUGAGCUGGGGCACACUCUUGGCCUGGCGCAUGAGGACUGCAAAUCCAGAGACCAACCUUGCGAAGUUAUCACUGACAAGGUGGCUGGGUCAGUCGUGGAAAGCCGUAUCUCCGGCAGCACCACACAGCUGUUCAAUGGCCCCACCCCGCUUGACAUAGCAGGGGCGAACGAGUACUACUCACUUGCAGCGGGACCCAACACCCCGGAGAACAUCGUACUCUGGCCUGCGACGAGGGGUCCGUUUAUCAACUACCCGCCGCUACCGAAAUGCAAGUGGUUCCUCGGUAUUUGCUAUUACUAGCACCAGUAUGAAGGAGCGGGGAGCAUCGGGAUAUGGGAUUGGAUUGUUGCGAGACAAGGACAUUUUGGCGAGUCCGAGUUUGCGUCGGCCAAUACUGUAAUAAUACACAGCAGGAGAGCAAUGUUGGUUGAAGCAAACAAAGUUCAAUCUGUCGUUUCGUCGUUGAGUAUGCCAUAUGUACCAAUACAAGUAUGCAAUUUUGGCCU